AUGCUGGAAUGCAGAUUAGUCAUCAUAGCACAGCUUCGUAUAGGAGGCCUAAAUAUUAAGUUCUCUCUUCCACUGCGCCAACAAGCAUGUUCCAACUCCUCUCUCAAGCACGCAAUACCAGGCUCUCACUACCUUAAUCUGGUCGCCUCCGAAAGGCCAACGAGUCAUCGACCCAUUCAUAUCCCACCCGGCAUCGAGAUGAAGCUCUUUGCUUUCACCAAGUACGCCUUCGUCGUCGCCGUCCUCGCAACCAUGGGGAACGCUGGACCAACACCCGCCACUGAGAGUGAAGGCACUCCCGCUACAUUCAUCACCAGCAACACCGAAUUUGACCACUGGCUUGCCACGACCGAGGCCAACAUCACCUGGGUUGGUGGCAAGGCUCCCAAUCCACUCGCUCCACGUUCAGCAUCGGAUACCACCGUCGCAUACUGCAAUGAGCUCGUCGAUGGUCGCUGCCAAGGAUAUUGCAAUGUCUUCACGGGCAGCGGAGUUUGCAUCAACACUCCUUUUGCCAUUACAUGCAUAUAUGCAAGCAACAACGUGUUUUGGUGUGACAAUCUCGAAUGUACCGGCAGCUGUGCUUUCACCGCCAACUGCCAUCGUAUUCCAGGUGGAUUUUGCUACACCCCGAAUGCGAACUCUAUCAAUAUUCCGUAA